GCACGCAAGGGAAAGAGCCAGAAAUGGAGCGGUGCCUGGGUCUGGGCUUCCUCCUCCUGGCGGCCCAGCUGGCCCACGGGGGCACUCUACGCAGCCAGAUUGUCGGGGGGCACGAAGCCAGACCACACUCUCGACCUUACGCAGCAGCUCUGAAGAAGAAUGGAUACUUUAGCUGUGGGGGCUUCCUGGUGGCCCCUCAGUGGGUGAUGACCGCAGCCCACUGCAAUGGAGACAUCCAAGUCCUCCUGGGAGCUCAUGAUCUGGACGCUGUAGAAGAUACCCAGCAAGUGUUUGGUGUCGAAAGCUAUCACCAGCAUCCAGAAUACAAGCGACAUCACAGAAUGGUAAUCAAUGACAUCCUUCUCCUGAAGCUGGAUCGUGAAGCCAAGCUCAACAAGUAUGUCCAAGUCAUUCCUCUACCACAAAGCGAAGAUGAUCUCCCCAAAGGCACAGAAUGUGUCAUAGCCGGCUGGGGACGAAUCGAUGCCCGCUAUCAGCCUUCAACAAAGCUUUUCAUGACCAACGUCACGCUCCCUGGCCGCAGGAAAUGCCAACAAUUCAUUCCAGAACUCACCGAUGGGAUGGUUUGCGCAGGAAGCCGCACCAAGCUCUGUGAUGUCAGCAACGGGGAUUCCGGAAGUGCUAUGGUGUGCAACGGGGCGGCCCAUGGAGUUGUCUCCUACGGUUUCCAUGUGCCACCAUCCAUUUACACUCGUGUUGCUGGCUACCUUCCUUGGAUCAGAAAGGUAAUGGGAAGCAGCUGCCACCUGAAGCCUGCAAUUCACCCAGGAGAACUGGACAUCAAGAUGAAGCACUUCCACCAGCAUCUUCUCUUGCUUCUGCUGUCUUGUGGCUUAGCCAAACCUGGUCGUUUGCGAAGUCAGAUCAUUGGCGGCCGGGAAGCCAAGCCUCACUCCAGACCUUACAUGGCCGCCUUGAAGAUGUCAGGGUUUGGUUUUGGCUGUGGCGGAUUUCUGGUGGCGCCCCAAUGGGUCAUGACUGCAGCACACUGCAUGGAAGAACUCACCGUUGUCUUGGGAGCACAUGAACUUCAUGCCAUCGAAAAAUCUCAACAGGUGUUUGGAGUUGAAUCGUACCACAAGCACCCAAAAUAUAACCCCAUCUCCAUUUCAAAUGAUAUUCUUCUGCUGAAGCUGACGUCCAAAGCUAUCCUAAACGAGUAUGUCCAAGUGGUGCCUUUGCCAACAUCCAGCAGUGACCUGCCUGGAGGAACAGUGUGCAACUUAGCAGGAUGGGGUCUGAUUGAUAGUUACAGAUCUCCAAAGACACUCUUUGAGACCAAUGUCACGAUUGUCAGCCGCAGGAAAUGCCUUGACGUUUUCCCAUACCUUACCGACGGAAUGAUCUGUGCUGGCAGCGCCAACCAGCUUCGGGAUUCAAGCCAGGGGGAUUCAGGUGGCCCCAUGGUGUGCAACGGCGUGGUACAUGGCGUGGUGUCCUUUGGCUUUGACUUCCCUCCUGGGGUUUAUACCCGAAUCGCCAACUACCUUCCCUGGAUCAAGGAAGUCAUAGGAGCUGACCUGUGAGAAGAAGCAACAUCUCUGCUGUUUUGCUCCAGUUUUUUUCUAAGCUUCCCGCUUGCUUAGCAGCACGUAUAGCUUGCAUUCUUCAGCUCUUCUUCCCAACUGAUGUAGCAAAAAUUAUAGACAUAAGAGAA